GAUCAAGAAACAAUAAAAAAAACAUCAUCCGUAGAACAAAAAGAAACUUGUACGUACGUAAAAGAGCUAGAAAACAAAAAUGGCAGGAACAACAAGUGUGUGUAAGAUGAUGAUGAUGAUGGCAUUGGUAAUGAUGGCAUGUGGUCUACAAGCAUGCAAUGGGAUGAAGAAUGUUGGUGAAACCAUCUCAGCGAUGGAACCAAAACUCGAGUGCUUCAAAACAUGUUCCAUAAGCUGUGGCAUACAAAACAAACCAUGUUACCAAAAUUGUUUGACCAAGUGUGGUCUCCCUCAACAACCUACUAAACCAUCUUCUCCUUCCACCACCGCAUAAUCUCUAUUUUUCCAUUUUUUGUAUAUUUCGGUUUAUACGAAAUUGUGUGUCCAACACCAUCAAUUUUUUCAUUGAUAUCUAUGAUGAAAAAAAAAACAUUAUUUAUAAUAAAUUAAAAUU